AUGUCUUACGUCGAAGUCGGACCCCCGACACCGUUUAACGGUACCAAUGAAGAGCUCGGCGGUGACUCCACCACCGAGAACCUCAACCAGUGGUACCAGUCCGGUGAUCAGGCCUUCAUCAUCGUCUCCGCCUGCCUCGUCCUCCUCAUGGUCCCCGGCAUCGCCUUCCUCUACUCGGGUCUCGCCCGCAGAAAAUCCGCCCUCUCCAUGCUCUGGGUCGUCAUGAUGUCCUUCUCCGUCAUCGUCUUCCAGUGGUAUUUCUGGGGCUACUCGCUCGCCUUCUCCCAGUCUUCCGGCAACCCCUUCAUCGGUGACCUUAAGCACUUCGGUCUUAUGAAGGUCUGGGGCGCCCCCUCGGUCGGAUCUCCUCUCGUCCCCGCCCUUCUCUACUCCUUCUACCAGAUGAUGUUCUGCGCCGUCACUGGUGCCCUCACGAUCGGUGCCGUCGCCGAGCGCGGCCGUGUCAUUCCCAGCAUGGUCUUCAUCUUCUGCUGGGCCACCCUCGUCUACUGCCCUCUCGCUUACUGGGUCUGGAACGCCAACGGCUGGGGCUUCAAAAACGGCGUCCUCGACUACGCUGGUGGUGUCCCCGUCGAGAUCGGCUCCGGUAUGUCGGCUCUGGCCUACUCGUGGGUCCUCGGCCGCCGCAACGAGAAGAUGAUGAUGAACUUCCGCCCUCACAACAUCUCCCUCAUCACCCUCGGUACCGUCUUCCUCUGGUUCGGCUGGCUCGGCUUCAACGGUGGCUCUGCCUUCGGUGCCAACCUCCGUGCCGUCAUGGCUUGCUGGAACUCGUGCCUGACUGCCAUGUUCGCCGCCAUGACCUGGUGCCUCCUCGAUUUCCGUCUGGCUCGCAAGUGGUCCAUGGUCGGCUGGUGCUCCGGUACCAUCUCUGGUCUCGUCGCUGCCACUCCUGCCUCUGGUUUCAUCGACCCCUGGGCCAGCAUCAUUCUCGGUGUUGUUGCCGGUGUCGCCUGUAACUUUGCCACCAAGGUCAAGUUCCUUGUCCGAAUCGACGAUUCCCUCGAUGUCUUCGCUGAGCACGGCGUCGGUGGCAUGGUCGGUCUCAUCUUCAACGCCUUCUUCGCCAGCAGCUCCAUCAUCGGCCUCGACGGCGUCAACACCGGUGCCAUUGGCGGCUUCCUCGACGGCAACUACGUCAUCAUCGGCUGGCAGAUUGCCGCCAUCGUCGCCUCUUCCGCCUACGCCUUUGUCAUGUCCGCCGUCAUCGCCAAGAUCAUCGACUUCAUUCCCGGUCUUAAGCUCCGCGCUUCUGAGGAGGCUGAGCUCCUUGGUAUGGAUGACGACCAGCACGGCGAGUUCUCUUACGAUUACGUCGAGGUCCGCCGUGACUUCCUCGCCUGGAGCCCCCAGCGUGACGAGCCUGCUGAGGAUGGUGAUGUCCUCGAGCCCACCCACGGCAUCCAGGAGCAUCAGUCCAUGAUGAACACUCCCAGCUUGUCUGAUGCCCGCAAAACCCCCUCCAUCGAUAACACCCCUGAAAAGGUGAUCCCCGAGAAGCAGGCUUAA